AUGGCUGCAGAGGUGACAACCCAAUUGGCUGAGCACCCACUCAGUCCAAGGGCUGAGCUGAAGGCUGAGAAGACAGAGCACAGUCCAAGAAGCCACGAGACCGACAAGCCACAGAAAGAACCGCUGGUCCCAGGGAUCGUGGAUUUCAAGGUGAUCCAAGAGGCAUUGAGGACCCCCAAGCCCCAAGCCCUUGGCACCUACCGCUUCGGCCACCUCAGCCACCACUCCUUCUUCUCCCGGCAUCACCCCCACCCACAGCGCGUGACCCACAUCCCAGAUCUCACCGGGAGGCCCGUGUGUGUCGUCCGGGACAAGUCCUCUUGGUCUCCCUUGCCUCAAGCCUCACUCUUGUCCCACUACCUGAUGAAGAUGCCCACUGUCCCUGCCCCCGUUGGAGACCCGCGGUCCAAUCGGGACCCUCAGCUUUUUUCUGAGGCCUGGAAGAAGGAGUUGAAGGACCUGGCUUCCCAGGUGGUCACAUUCAGCAAGGAGAAUGAGCUGAAGAACAAAGAGCAAAGACAACAGGAGGAGCCUAAAAGGGAGCAGGGGGCGAAGUACUCAGCAGAGACUGGGAGGCUCAUCCCUGCUUCCACCCGAGCGCUCAGCCGCCGCCACUCCCGCCAGGGCCCAGGGAGCUACACUCCCAGCAGAGACGGAGGAGUCCAGACCUUCGUCCUGCAGGAUCAGGAGCUGCUGAUCUUGGAGCUCCUUUGUCAGAUCCUGCAAACAGACUCCUUGAGUGCUAUCCAGUUCUGGCUGCUCUUUGCUCCUCCCAAGGAGAAAGACUUGGCCUUGAGGCUCCUGCAGACAGCAGUGGCUCAGCUGCUUCCCCAGCUUCUCGUCUCCAUCCCGACAGAAAAGCUCCUAAACCAGCUCCAGGAGGUCCAGGAACCACCCCAAGAAAGGCCACAACCAUCAUUCAGCCAAUCCCCGAAGAAGUCGAAGACUACGGCUCUACCAAAAAGCGAAAAGCCAGAGCACAUCGGGAAAGCACAAGUUCUGCGAAUACAUUCAAGCCAGAACACAGAAGAGAAAGCGCCAAAGCCAAAGACAGAGUUCCAAGGAGUCUGCCCUGCUCUGCCCGCCCAGCUCUAA